AUAAGUAAUAAAGACGUUUUUACACAUGCAACGAAAAUGCACAUGCAACUUCCUACUCCCAUAUCGGGCAGUCAUCUGGUCUGUAGGUACACUCUAGUGGCUCACUGUCAUGCCAGUUGGUCUGACAAUAAGAAAUAUCUUCCGUGUAAAUCUUUCACUGGCCACAUGCACUUUCCCCCAUCACUGCCUAAGGUAUUACAGAUCAGCAACGUUAAAGAUGUUACUAUGAAUUAGCUUCAGUAGCUACCGCUAGGUGGAUCUGCUCUCGUGCGUUAGACAGUGUCAACUGUAAUGAAGGGCGGGAGGGCACGCGAACUAUCAGUAUGUCGCAUAAAGAAUAUGAAGAUAAUGUGUUAUCGUUAGCUAAAGACUGGUGCUCAGAUGUCAACAGUGAAACAUUUACUUCUUUGCUUCAAGAAUUGAUUUUUCAUCUCAGUGGAAAACAUAAAGAUGAAGUGUUCCGACUGUUUCAAAAGCAAUUACAAAAGCUUAGACAAGGAUGUAGCUAUGAUUCACUGGAUGAAGCUGAUGAGUUCAGCAUAGCAGAGGAAGUAAAAAAUAAAAUUGCAAGUAGUCAUGGAGAGAGAGAAGCAAACCGUUUCUCUGGUAUUUACCGGCAUCUUCGAGGAUGUACACUUCUAACCAACUUGAGAAACACCUUGGCCUUCAUGCAGAGAAGCGCUGCACAAGAAUCAGCAGAUGAUGCAAAUUCAUCAUUUGACUCACAAAAUUUAUCAUUGAGAAAUAUUACUAUCCGUAGUUCAUCACAGGCUUCACGAACACCAUUUGCAUCAGCAUUGCAAAGACACCCAGACAUGUUUGACACUGUGUCAUCUCUUCCAUCCAAUUUUGCUUCUAACACUUUAUCAGAUGCUUACCAUUCAUCCAGAGCCAUUUCAUAUGCUCAUGACUUGCCACAAGGAACCAUUGCUCACCUAAAUGGGUGUCCAGUAGUAAUGCCUGUACCACCACCGUCCAGAAACCCCUAUAAGAUGUCAGUAUCAGAAACUGUCUUGAUCCAAGAACUGAUAUAUUGCUUUCAAGGAAUAGGAGGAAAAAUCUUAAUAGAGGAUCCUGUCUCUCAAGGCUUCAAAAUAGAUCCAAAGGUGGACCUCCGUCCAUCGGUCCGGCAGCAAGUACUUCGUUUGGCGGAGGUUGGGUGGCUACACAACCAGGUGCGACAGUUCUGUGAUGCUACGAGACCGGCUGGACUUGUUAACCAGAGCCUUGUAGCUGCCCUACAUGAUGAACUGACAGAAUACUACAGAUUGAUUGCUGUACUGCAGUCUAGGUUACAGAAGCAGUCAGAGGCUGUAGUUGAUUCACCGCUAGCAGAAGAGCAACUGCCAUCACUGACAUUGAGUCAAUUGGCAGUAUGUGUACGGAGCCCCACACUAAGGUUGCAGCUGUUGCUGUCACUGGCAGAAGCAUGCCGUGGGCGUCGUGGUGGUGCUCUGGCAUCCUGUGUACAUAGUUUUUUGCAGCACGGUGAUCCAAAUUUACGCCGUAGUGUACGCACACUCUUGGCAGCAGUAUGUCGUCCCAUGUAUGUAAUGCUAAGUCGGUGGAUUUUGGAUGGGGAAUUGGAGGAUCCUUAUAAUGAAUUCUUCAUAGCUGCAAAUCCUGAUGUGAAAGGAGACCGCUUAUGGCACGAUAAAUAUUAUGUUCAGGAAGCUCUUGUACCAAGUUUCAUAUCUUUGGCACAAGCUCGCAAAAUUCUUGCUACGGGCAAGAGCAUAAACUUCCUUCGUGAAGUGUGCCAAGACCACACGCCUAUAAAAGGCCGUGAAGCCCUCAGGCUCGCUUUGGAAAGCACCAACGUGGAAGCACUCUUUGUUGAGGAUCAGGAUGGAGAGCUGCAGGCAAUGCUAGAACAAGCUUACCGUGAAACGUCUCGUCGUGUUUUGGAUGUUCUCAACACUCAGUAUAAAUUCAUGGACCACCUGCAAGCUUUAAGGAGAUAUCUCCUACUGGGGCAAGGGGACUUCAUUAGGCACCUUAUGGAGUUACUUGAACCUGAGUUGGCAAAGCCUGCCUCACAAUUGUAUCCUCACUGUUUAUCGGGGAUCCUGGACUCUGCUGUUCGUUCUACUAAUGCCCAGUAUGAAGAUGAAGAUAUUCUUCAGAGGUUGGAUGUGAGAUUACUCGAAAUGUCAAAAGGAGAUACUGGUUGGGAUGUUUUCACAUUGGACUACCAUGUUGUCGGUCCAAUAGGAACAGUUUUUGCUAUGAACAUGUCUUCCUACUUGAUGCUGUUCAAUGCUCUUUGGCGAGCAAAGCGAAUGGAAUUUGUGCUAAGUCUGGCUGUCAAGCGACAGCUAACAGCUGCUAAGCAGAUGAGAUGUCUGCCUGGAAUGAAGCCUUUAUUGCAGAGAUUACAUCUCCUUAUCUCUGAAAUGGUGCACUUUGUACAUCAAGUGCAGUACUACACAUUAUUUGAGGUGCUGGAAUGCUCCUGGGAGGCAUUCAACAAAGAAGUCCAGCAAGCAGAAGGCUUGGAUGAUGUCAUUAGAGCACAUGAUGCGUUCCUGGCAACAGUUCGUGCUGGGGCUUUCCUAGAUGAAGGAACACAGAGUUUGGCAGCCCAACUGCGGUCUGUGUAUGACUUGAUGCUACAGCUCCAAGGCCUAGAAGAACAGCUACACAAUAGAGCAUCAGUGGAGCUGGAAGCUCGUAAAGAGUAUGAGAAGCUAGUUGAAAAGUCUGGCACAAACAUAUCAAUGGAGGAAAGGGAAUCUACACGAGUUAAUGAAUUUACAAAUAAAUACCUGCCUCACAUGCGCACUCAAUUGAGUGUACUGGCUAAAAGCUAUCAGGAUUUGGUGAAGAAGUUUCUGCUCAUGUUGACAAGUCAACCAGAACUAACAUUGCAACUAUUGAGUUUCCGUCUGGACUUCAAUGAGCACUAUCGAAGAUCAGAUUCAAGGCUAAAUGCACCUCUUACAUACCAGCAUCGUCGUCUCAGUGAACUGGGAGGCAAGCAUCUGUCUCCAACAUGCGUCAAAUGACAGUCAGCUCCAGUACCUUCUGCUGAGCUUCAGAAGCUUUCAGUUUUUUACCCAAGGCACUACCUCCCAAAGAAGGAAAAUAAACCGCUCUUUUUUGUGAGUGAAUAUGGUGGAUUGAUGAACCAGUGGCAGAUAAAACAUUGAUGCUUUUACUGUAGAUUGUGAUCUGUACAAAAAUCUCUCUAUAUUUUUGUACUGAAAUCAUAAGUGAAUCUGCACUUAACAAGAAUGCUGCGAACGUGCUAAUUUUUGGCUUUCACCAAAAGGAAAAAAUCACUGUAUCUUGUGUAUACACAUGCCUCAAAUUCAUUUAGGGUUUAGUAUUGUUCAAUCAUGUCGGGUCUUGUGCUUUUGUCAAUUUCCAUUCCUUGUCAAAUCAUGCGAAAUUAGUUAGUUAUGAUAAAAAUGUAGUAUGUAAACUGUAACACAGUGUUAACUUUCAACAGAAAAUUCUGCCGUUUGAUAUUACUCAGUAGCAAGUAAGAUUUUAUGUUGUGACUCGUUUACAAUCCUGAGUUAUAUCUUUUUGAACAUCUACAAUAGUCUUCAAUUUUCUUGUUUCAGAUCUCUGUUUCACUGUGAUGUGUAAGGCUGAUAUUUACCAGAUACUAUUUAUUUUUCUUUAUCCAGUAUGUUAGACAUUAGUAGCAUUUUCUGUAUCUGUUAAAUUAUAUUUUAUUUUAAAUUGUAGUCAUUUAUGUUGAUAUGUUUCUUGUUUUUUAUUUAAGAAUUUACCUCACUGUUGAUAAUAAUUUAAGAUCACUAAAGAAAUGUUUCUGUUGUUAUGUACAUUAUUUCUUUCUUUGAACAAAUUCUGUUUUUCUAGUAUCAGGUACUGAUAAUGUUGUUUUCUUACUCCUUUGUAAAUUCUGUAUUUCAAGUUUUAUAUUUUCUGUAUUUAAUUUGCUCAUGAAUUGACAGUUUUUGUGGAUUUAUGACAUUUUAAAAAUUCUUUCAUUUUUUUAUGACGUAAGUAGUGUUGUUUCCUACAGUAUCUGCAACAGUUGCUGCUUUGACAAAGUAUUGUGUUUUGUUUUUUUUUGCCACAAUACCAGCUAUUAUGAACUAUGUAAGUGAAAACUUCUAUUCCUUGCACUUCGUAAGCUCUAACAACCCCCUUUGUCUAGUUCAUUAGAAAUCCAACAGUCCUUCCCAGUUGUUAUUACACAUUCCCUCUUCUACAGCCUUCAGAUGUUCAUUUGCUUCCUUUCUAACUUUUUCUGCUGAACUUCCUGUCAUGUAUUUUCCCCAGUACCAGUUUCUUAAAUAUUCCAAUUUUCUCUUCUUUUCUCUAUGUCGAGAUGCCUCAAGCUUGAUACUCUUAAUAUGUGCAGAGGCAGUUUACCUAUAUCGCACAGGACUCGCAGCUAUAUUGCACAGCUUUUUGGAAAACUUAACUUUUAGCAGUUGUGAAUUGAAAGUAACAAUACUGUUUGGGACUAUUUGUGCAUGAUUGUGUAAUUUUUUUAAACCAUUGUAAAUAAUUGAUCAUUGUAAUGUAUAUAUUUUCACAUAUUUGAAGAAUCAGUUCAUUGUAAUAAGAACUUGUCACAAUAGUGCCGACACAUUGUUUACUUUACUUUGUUAACAAAGAUCACCUGCUAAAAAGUAAAAAUUGUUUGUUCCUA